GAAAAUAGCACUUUUACAAAUUAGGACAAAAUUCACGCUUGAUCCACCAAUGGGAAUUCGAGCGGGACUUCUCCGUACUUAUGCUAUGAUUGGCCAGGAGGGUGAGGACCAAUUAGAGGCAAGCAGUGCUGUCCAAUGGAAACCACUGCUCUAUGCAGUUUCUUUUCUCCAUACCAUUGUUCAAGAUAGACGCAAAUUCGGACCGAUAGGGUGGAAUAUUCCCUAUGAGUUCAAUCAAGCAGAUUUCACUUCAAUUGUUCAGUUUAUUCAGAAUCAUUUGGAUGAUAUGGAUGCGCAUAAGGGUACAUCUUGGGCGACUCUCCGAUACAUGAUCAGCGAGGUCCAAUAUGGUGGGCGAGUCACUGAUGAUUACGAUAAGCGUCUACUCAACACCUACGUGCAAGUGUGGUUUACAGAUCUUCUAUUUUCCGAUGAUUUCCGCUUCUACAAUGGAUAUGCCAUUCCGAAGGCACGAACUAUUGAGGAAUAUCAGGCUCGAAUUUCGGAACUGCCUGUUGUUGAUUCUCCAGAGUGCUUUGGAUUGCAUUCUAAUGCUGAUAUAAUGUACCAAACCAAUAACGCCUCGUCUGUAUUGACGACGAUCGCCAACAUCCAGCCGAAGGAUGGUUCAAGCGGAGGAGGUGAGACGAGAGAGUCUUUUGUCAGUAAAAUGGCCGAAGAGAUGCUUUCCAAACUACCUUCCGAUUACAACCCAUUUGAGGUAAUGUUACCAAAUCACCUAUUUUUGUUCGUGACAGGG